CAAAACCGCUGUCAUAACUAACAAAACGGCCACCCCAUCCCACCCACACACCCAACAAGUUUUUCCCCACAUUCUCAAAUAUAUCUCUCUCUUUUUCUUUUUUUCUCUUUCAUUUUUUAAUGCUGACAACUUCUUCUCACCGCUCUCUCCCGCCGUCGUAUACCUGACGAUCGAGAGAGAGCUAGAGAAAGAAGAGAGAAGAGAAAGAAAGAGAAAAGAGAGAUAAAAAAAAAUAUUAUUAAAAAUCGCCACCACACGCCGCCGCCGUAUCCAUUCAUCCCACGUGGCGAUAAUGGGUCACCCAACUCGCCGCGAAACUCUCUCCGGAUCUUACCCCGCCAUGUCAAGAUCUAAUAACCUAACUGGACCACCAGUUAUGGCGGCGGAUUCAGAUCUCGUCUGGCCGUUCGGAAAACUCCACGGUAUAGACCGUGACGAUGUCCGAGAGACGGCUUACGAGAUCUUCUUCACCGCUUGCCGGUCUUCUCCCGGCUUUGGCGGCCGGAACGCCUUGAAUUUUUACUCAAACAAUGACAAUAACAAUAAUAAUAAUGGGAUGAGCAGUAACAAUAAUAAUGGGGAUGGGCAUAAUGGUAAUUGUGUGAAUGGGCCUGGGCUUGGGGGUGGGCCUAAGCAGAGUGGGCAUGUGGUGACGACUCCAACGAGUCGGGUUAAGCGGGCUUUGGGGUUGAAGAUGAUAAAGCGGUCGCCGUCGAGGAGGAUGGUUUCAGGGUCGUCGAAUCCGUCGUCUCCUGGGUCAACGGUCAACGCUGGUGGGUCGCCGGGAAUGUCUUUCACGGUGCCUCAGCUGGGAAGAGCGAGGAGGCCGAUGACUUCGGCUGAGAUUAUGAGGCAGCAAAUGCGGGUCACCGAGCAGAGUGAUAAUAGGCUCCGAAAAACUCUCAUGAGAACUCUCGUAGGCCAAAUGGGUAGGCGAGCAGAGACGAUAAUUCUUCCGUUAGAGCUUCUCCGCCAUUUAAAACCAUCGGAAUUCAACGACUCCCACGAAUACCACCUUUGGCAAAAACGACAACUCAAAAUCCUCGAAGCAGGUCUCCUACUCCACCCAUCAAUCCCACUCGAAAAGCCCAACACUUUCGCCACGCGCCUCCGGGACAUCAUACGCGCCGGCGAGUCAAAACCUAUAGACACCGGCAAAAACUCCGACACAAUGAGAACCCUCUGCAACUCCGUCGUCUCGCUUUCUUGGCGGAGCCCCAACGGGUCAACACCCACCGACGUUUGUCACUGGGCCGACGGGUUCCCGGUCAACGUCCACGUCUACGUGGCACUCCUUCAGUCAAUCUUCGACGUGAGAGAUGAGACUUUAGUCCUUGAUGAGGUGGACGAGCUUUUGGAGUUAAUGAAGAAGACUUGGUCAACGCUUGGUAUCACGCGCCAAAUCCACAACGUGUGUUUCACGUGGGUAUUGUUUCACCAAUACGUGGCAACGGCUAUGGUGGAGCAGGAUCUGCUGUAUGCGUCUCACACUAUGUUGGCUGAGGUGGCAAGCGACGCUAAAAAGCUGGAUAGGGAUGUAGUUUGGGCCAAGAUAUUGUCUUCUGUGUUGGGCUCGAUUUUGGGCUGGGCCGAAAAGAGAAUGCUUCGUUACCAUGAUUAUUUCUUGAAAGGUAAUGUUUCUCAGAUUGAGAAUCUUUUGCCUUUGGCUUUGUCUGCUUCGAGAAUUUUGGGAGAGGAUUUUACAAUCACUGAAGGUGGGAGUGGUAGUAAAGGGAAAGAUAAGAGAGACAUGACUGUGGUGGUCGUCGAUUCAUCUCGAGAUCGUGUUGAUCAUUACAUUAGAUCUUCAGUCAAGAAUGCUUUUGCAAAGAUAAUUGAACAUGCAAAUUCCAAAGAAGUAAAAGAAGAGGAAGCAAGUGAAGCUCUACUUCAAUUAGCGAAAGAAACAGAGGAGUUGGCCUUGAAAGAGAGGGAAGGUUUCAGCCCCAUACUAAAGAGAUGGCACUCGACGGCGGUGGGAGUUGCGGCGGUGACCCUUCACAGCUGUUAUGGAGCUGUUUUGAAGCAGUACUUAAGUGGGGUGUCAACACUAUCAUGUGAGACAGUUGGAGUGCUUCAAAGGGCUGGGAAAUUAGAAAAGAUGUUAGUUCAAAUGGUUGUCGAAGACUCUGUUGACUGUGAUGAUGGUGGCAAAUCUAUUGUUAGGGAAAUGGUUCCUUAUGAAGUUGAUUAUGUUAUAUUGAACCUUUUGAAGAAGUGGAUUCAUGAGAAAUUGGCCAAAGGACAUGAAUGUCUUACUAGAGCUAAAGAAACUGAAACAUGGAAUCCAAAGUCCAAAUCUGAGCCAUAUGCACAAUCAGCUGUGGAGCUAACGAGGUUGGCUAAGGAAACAGUAGAAGAGUUCUUUGAAAUUCCUAUUGGAAUUACUGAAGAUUUAGUUCAAGAUCUUGCUGAUGGUUUGGAGAAUCUCUUCCAAGACUAUACUACGUUUGUUGCCUCAUGUGGUUCGAAACAAAGCUAUGUACCAACACUACCUCCUCUAACUAGAUGCAAUAGAGACUCAAAGUUCCUCAAACUAUGGAAGAAAGCAAGUCCAUGUGGUACAAAUCUAGAAGAAUCAUACCAAAAUGGUAUCACAAAUGAAGGACACCAUCCACGCCAAUCAACAAGUAGGGGAACACAACGCCUUUAUAUAAGACUCAACACCUUACACUAUCUCCUUACACACAUCAACUCCUUAGACAAAUCACUCUCCAUGUCCCCAAGAAUCAUUCCCUCAACCCGAAAUCGCUUUACCAAUACUCGAAAAGCACAAGAAAACUCCUCCUCUUCUAAUACUACUCCCUCUUCAUCCUACUCUUACUUCGAAAGGGCACACUCGUCGAUCCAAUCGGCCGGACAACACGUCUCUGAAGUCGCGGCAUACAGACUCAUCUUCCUUGACUCCAACUCAGUCUUCUACGAAAGUCUUUACGUUGAUGAUGUCGCGAAUGCAAGGAUUCGUCCGGCUCUCAGAACCCUAAAACAAAACCUAACCCUAAUGAGCGCUAUGCUCACUGACCGGGCUCAAGCCCUGGCCAUGAGAGAAGUCAUGAAGGCCUCGUUCGAGGCCUUCCUGAUGGUCUUGUUGGCCGGAGGAAGCUCUAGGGUUUUCCUCCGGUCUGAUCAGGAAAUGAUAGAGGAGGAUUUUGAGAGCUUGAAGAGGGUCUUCUGCACGAGUGGAGGAGGCGAAGGGUUGAUCACGGAGGGAGUGGUGGAAAGGGAGGCGGAGACGGUGGAAGGAGUGAUAGGUUUGAUGGGGCAAUGCACUGAGCAACUCAUGGAAGAUUUCAGUAUCAUAACAUGUGAAACUAGUGGAAUAGGAGUUGUAAUGAGUAGUAGUAACAACAAUGGUUCUGGUAAUACUGGACUUGUACAAAAGCUUCCUAUGCCUCCCACCACCGGAAGGUGGCAUAGGUCCGAUCCAAACACGAUAUUAAGAGUUUUGUGUCACAGGAAUGAUCGAACGGCCAAUCAGUUCUUGAAAAGGAAUUUCCAGCUAGCCAAGAGGAGAUGAUGAUGAUGAUUGAAUUAAAGUUGAAAAUUGUUCAUAACAUGAUUUUUUUUCCCUUUUAAUUUAUUUUUUUGGUUCAGUAAUGUUUGGAUCAUGGGAAUAUAAUUGUAUAUUGGUGUGUAUUUCAUUUAUUUGUAUCGAUCAUAUUGUAACAAAUUCCGAAGGAAAUCGAGGUGGGCAUUUUUUUUUUGUAUGGGAUAAUAAGUUUGAGUGUUUAAUUUGGUACAUUGUAAAGGUAUAUAUCUCAACAAAA